UUGUGUGUGAUUCUUGAAUAUUGUGACGUGGUAUGACUCGUCCACGUGGCCAUAUUAUAAUAUAGUUAACUGCAAUUAGGUUCAUUUGCUUAGUUGGAUGACAGCGAAUGUAUACAGCUGGAAGAGUGAACUACGUAUAUUUGACAAUUGUCACGCAGGCUCUUUGCUGACAUGUCAAGAUAUGGUCCACAUGGACACAUCUUGCCAUCAUUGCUGACAUGUCAAGAUAUGGUGGUCCACUUGGACACAAGCGUUAAACGAAGAGAACCUGUCCUUCACAUAAAGAUGAAAGUUUUUAGUCUGAGAAUCGGGAAGUAAUAAGGCUUCGCAAAAGACAAGCGAAUACUAGAAACAAGAAACGAGCACAUGAAAAGCACAUGAGAAAGCACAGUCCAAUCCAAUGGCAACUUGGCAAGGGCUAACUUAGACGCCAAGCACACAAUUCAUCAAAAACUCCAAGUCCCAAGACAUCCUUAAGCCUGCCAUGAGAAGCCAAACUUUCUUUGUUUUUCAUGAAGUAACUAACCACACACGGAUGUGAGCAAACCAAAACCACCGCCCUUACCUUCUUUAUAUAUAACCCUAAACUCACAUUGUCUCCAACCUCAACAGCAAACAACGACUUGUCACCUGAAGCCUUGGCUUGAGAUGGUGGUAUUUUAUCCAACCCAAAAGCAACAAACCCCAACCAAAACACAGCUCAUGAUCAGCAGCUACCAUAGCCACACUCUGUUACCAAACCAGUGUGGCUCGAGCCUUGUCCAAACCAUCGACGCCCCGCUGCCCCUGGUCUGGUCCGUCCUCCGCCAAUUCGACAACCCUCAAGCCUACAAGCAGUUCAUCAAGAGCUGCAGCAUGCGUGCCGGCAAUGGAGGCAUCGGAAGCAUCCGGGAAGUCGUGGUUAAAACCGGCUUGCCGGCGAAAACCAGCAUGGAGAGGCUGGAUGAGCUCGACGACAACAUGCAUGUCAUGCAUUAUAGCAUUGUUGGUGGAGAUCACAGGCUUGCAAAUUACAGUUCUACCACUACCGUGCACGGAGAAGAGGAAGGGAAGGCUGUUGUGAUUCAGUCGUAUGUGGUGGAUGUGCCUGCCGGGAGCAGCGAGGAGGACACUUGUUUGUUUACUAAUACGAUCAUAGGCUGCAAUCUUAAGUCGCUGGCUAAAGUCACAGAAAAGAUGGCUGCUAAUAAUUAAUUAGCUUGUAGGCUUAAAGGGUUUUUAAUCUUUUUUUGGUUAGAGGUUAAAGCUGGUAAUUGUAAUUACUUAUAUUUGAGAGUUGAGAAGGUAGCUUCCCCAUUUGGCUUGUUACAUAUUUUGUGCAUGGGUAGUGCGGUUGAUGUUGACUUCUUUCUUGUUGUAAUAAAUAUGUGAUUUUAGAGUUACUCUGCGCGUUAAGAAUCUUCAUAUGAUAGUAUACAUUUU